GAUAUCUGACUGAAACGGAGGCGUCGUUCUACAGUGAGAGAGAUGGUUUUGAAGUUGAUCUUCUGUCAUCUGCCAUUAUGGAGGAUUCUAAUGUUCUGUCACCUUCUAUCUGCAUUCAGCUGGAACUCUAUAAUGGCCGGUGAAUGUGGCGGGGGUCACAGUGAGUUUGUGACAGUCAGAGAGAACAGCGUGAGGGGAACUCUCAUCACCAACCUCAGCUUCUCUGCAGAUCCAUCGACCAAUCACAUAAGGUUAAGACUUUAUGGGAAGGAUUCUGAUUGGUUCUAUCUGGAGGGAAAAAACGUACGACUGAACUCGUCGUCAAACAGGAUUCUUGAUCGAGAGGUGCACGACUCGGUUUUAACGGCAACUGUGAAGUGUUACGAACAUGGGACCUUUCAAGCUGAACACCGGAUUGUGGUGGAGGUGUUGAACGAGAAUGACAACAGGCCAGAGUUCCUACAAAGCUCAAUACAGCCUGUGGAGAUCAGUGAGCUGACAGAAGUGAACGCUCUAGCGUUCAUAGUCCAGGCCAUGGAUGGUGAUGGAGACACGCUCACAUACAUCAUUGACCAAACAUCUCCAGACGCCGAUUAUUUUCGUGUGGACUUGCCCAACAGCGGCAGAGUGAUUCUCAACAAAUCAAUGAACUAUGAAAGCAAAACUCAUCUGCAGCUCACUCUUCAUGCAGUGGAGUCGAACACCAAGGAGCACUACAAUACGACAGCCACUAUAAUCAUCAACGUAACAGACGGAGAUGACCAAUACCCACAAUUCCAGCCGUGUAUUCUCCUCUCAGCCAAACAAAGCAGCCGUAUAUGUGCCAAUCCUGUGUACACUGCCAACAUCACAGAGAACGACCAGGACAUUGUCUUGGACUUUUUUCCGGGUCAGAUUCAAGCUGUUGAUGGUGACAAGGGUCUGAGAACAACACUGACCUAUGCCAUCCUUUCAGGGGCUGAUAAUGGGAGAUUUAUCAUUGACAGUCAUUCUGGAGAGGUGAGGCUAACCAGACGCGUGGACAACAGACUGCUGACCCCGACAUUCAGACUGCGUGUCAUGGCCGCUCAAGUGGACGACCCUCUCAAGUACGCGGUUGCGACGGUUCUUGUGAGGGUUCUAGCAGAGAACAGAUAUCCGCCCCAGUUCAGUCGUUCAGCGUACCGUGGUUUUGUGAGAGAGAGCACAAGCCCCGCUUCUCUCGUCAUGACAUACGGCAACACAUUACUCACACUGCAGGCAAUGGAUCAAGACUUCAGCGAUGUCUUCAAUCCCAGACUUCAGUAUUCUCUAAAGUCAGAAAACAACUCUCGGCUGUUUUACAUUACACAAGAGGGACUACUCAUCGCCAGAUCCAACCAGCUACAUCCCAACCAUAAAUACUUUCUGGAGGUUGUAGCCACUGAUCUAGAGUCAGGGGACACUGUUUACGCCUCAAUACAAGUGGGUGUUCUUCAGAAAGGCCAGCCAGUUCCUCAUGGUCCUUUAGGGGCGGGGCCUCCUGAUGAUGUUGAGACAUUGGGCAGGACAGAGGGCGUGGCAGGGGUGUGUCUAAUCUUACUGGCCAUUGGCCUAUUCAUCCUGGUGCGGUGUAUAAGGACGAGAAGGAUGAGACGGGACCCUGCCAUACGUGCCAGUGUGGCAGAGAGCAAACAUCCUAAUGUGGUGAACCACGGGAGGCAGAUGCCCCUAGUGGACGAAUCGUUCUAUCAUAAUGAGGCUUUCAGCGGGUACGACAGCUCCACAUCACCGUUUUAUGGCAAACAAGGCAUUUACACUAAAACGGAGGGACCACCGUCAUCAUCUGUGAAUUUACCAUCAGUAACCUUAAACAUGCCAGCGCCGCGGCCCAACGGAGGGCCAGCGAACAGAUCCAAAACCGUGUCUUUUAGUGAUUUCAUUACGGUCCUAGAAUCUCAUACUGAGAGGGGGGUGAAAGAAAAUACAGAAGCUAAAGCAUCACUCCAUACAGAGAAAGACAUCUGCACUGAUUCAGAGAUAAAAGUAAAUAAUGGUUCAGCUAUCACAAAAGAUGAAAGCCUAACAGGAUUUAACACAGAAUCACAAAAAAUCGCAGAUUCAGACAACUCAGAAUCAGAGACGUUUAAUGCUCGAUUAAAAAGAGCCAUCACAGACCAUGACACGAUAUCAAGUGACCCAAUAGAAGUAGAAACUGAUAAAGCAAGCGCUGUGCAAGUCCUCACAAACCCUGAGGAUAUAACAAACCAACAUAUCACAAAUCUGGAGAUGAAGAGCUCUCAAAAAAAAGUGUUUUCGGAAGAGGAACGAGAAGAUUUACAUCACGAUCCACAAAACAAACAUACAGCCACACAAAGCCUAAUGUCAGAAGAUUCCACGCAAGCAGAAACUCCAGUUUCAAAAGAAGAAUCAAAUACGUCCAACCCAGGAUCUUCAGUCCCUGAGACUGUGAUUGAAAAGAUAGACGCUGGAAUUCAAGACGGAAGAAUUGAGAUAACGGUCCAAGACACACCAAAGCAAAACAUCAUUGCGCAAGACAGCGUGGUGAAUAUAAAUAAACUCAGCACAAUGAAUCUGGAUUCGACUCUGACCGCAGAGCUGGACCAAACAAUCCCAAACAUGCAUUGUGUUAAUGAGGACAUCAAAACUAAUUUAGAUAACAUUAGCCCAGAAGAGAACUAGGAAUCUCUUUCUAAUCUAGAUGUAAGCGAUCGAGAGAUUAACUUUCUAGCAACCAAACCUGACACACAGACGAACAAAGAUCCUGACCUAUGCAGCACAGAUACACCGAUAGAAAGAUUCAACAAAUGAGCGGACUUGAGCAGCGAUGGAAGAUAAUGGAUCUUUGUUUGAAGUGAAAAUACUGAGCUUUGGUACCAAUCGAGUGUCAAAAUGCAGAUUUGGACUCCGAAGGCACCAAUUUUGGUCCAAUAACUAAGAUGGUUUGCGACGUACGGAAAGGCAUAUAUUCAUAUUUCCAAGAAUGAGCUAUUCUAAAAGAAUGGACUAAAUGAAGCUACAAUAAAUAGGUAUCUAGAAACCAAAAUAUCAUCUCCAUGUUUCAACCCAUG